AUGUCGUCUACUCAAGUACCCAGAGAAGAUGGAUUGAAAACAGCCAAAAAGAGAAAAAGACCAUCAAAGGUCUCUACCGAAAUCGCUAUACCAGCCAAUGAUCAAAUCGAACAAACUGAAGAGCCAGUAGACGCCGAUACUUCGAUGACAGAAGCUACUUCAUCAAAAGUAACCCUCGAUGCUCCAGCCAAUGGAAUGGGAGUGGAUGGAGCUCGAAAUGCUCCUGGAACAUCAUACCAAAGAGUUCCAUUUUCAACGUUGAAUCUAUCCAAUCCAACUAUGAACGCUAUCCAACGAAUUGGGUUUGAAACAAUGACUGAAGUUCAAGCUCGUACCAUUCCACCUCUGUUAGCUGGUAAAGAUGUUUUGGGCGCAGCAAGAACAGGUUCAGGUAAAACUAUGGCUUUCUUAGUUCCCAGCAUUGAACUGUUGAGUACACUGAGAUUCAAACCUGUGAACGGUACCGGGGUAGUCAUCAUCUCCCCCACUCGAGAACUUGCUCUUCAAAUCUUCGGUGUGGCUAAAGAACUCAUGCAAGCCCAUUCUCAGACCUUUGGAGUCUUGAUGGGAGGAGCGAACAGGAAAGCUGAGGCGGAUAAGUUGGUCAAAGGUGUGAAUUUGAUUGUUGCAACUCCAGGUAGAUUGCUGGAUCAUCUGCAGAACACCAAAGGAUUUGUCUUCAAAAAUCUUAAGGCAUUGGUUAUUGAUGAAGCUGAUAGAAUUUUGGAAAUUGGUUUCGAGGAAGAAAUGAAGCAGAUUAUCAGGUUGUUACCAGCUGAAAACCGUCAAUCAAUGUUAUUCUCAGCUACUCAAACAACUAAAGUAACUGAUCUUGCUAGAAUAUCGUUACGUCCCGGACCAUUAUACAUCAAUGUUGACGAAGAGAAAUCAGCUUCUACCGUGGACAUGUUAGAACAAGGUUAUGUGGUUUGUGAAUCAGACAAACGAUUCAUGCUCUUAUUCACUUUCUUGAGGAAAAACUUAAAGAAGAAAGUCAUCGUCUUUUUCUCAAGUUGUAACUCCGUGAAUUAUCAUGCGGAAUUAUUGAAUUACAUUGAUGUUCCAGUCCUGGAUUUACAUGGAAAACAAAAACAACAAAAACGAACUAAUACAUUCUUCGAGUUCUGUAAUGCACCAUCAGGUAUAUUACUUUGUACAGAUGUAGCAGCUCGAGGACUUGAUAUACCGAAAGUAGAUUGGAUCAUUCAAUUUGAUCCACCAGAUGAUCCAAGAGAUUACAUUCAUAGAGUUGGAAGAACUGCCCGUGCUGGUAAAACUGGAAAAUCACUCUUGUUCUUGUUACCUUCAGAAUUAGGAUUUUUGAGAUUCCUCAAAGUAGCUAAAGUCCCUUUGAACGAAUACCAAUUCCCUCAAAAGAAAAUUGCAGAUGUACAAAAACAACUUGAAAAUCUUAUUUCGAAGAACCAUUACUUGAACACAUCAGCAAGAGAUGGAUAUAGGUCAUACCUCCAAUCAUACGCUUCAUACUCCCUUAAAAAGAUCUUUGAUGUCAACAAGCUUGAUCUAGCUAAAGUAGGUAAAGCUUUCGGAUUCAGUGUUCCACCAAAAGUAAACAUUUCAGUUGGCAGUGUUAAAGCCAAGAAGGAAAGGGAUGAUGACAGCGAUGAAGACGACGGAGAGAUCAAAAAAGCUUAUUACAGGAAUAGGAAGAAGGGAAAAUUUUAA